AUGCAAAAUUUAAAAUUGCCAGAGGUUGAUACAUUUGAAUCCAUUCCAUCUACACCUUCAGUGAUUGAAGAUGUUUUAGAAGAGUCAGAUGACAGUGAGGGUGAAUUUUGUGAAAUAGAUAAUGAUGAUAAUGUUUAUUUUAACAAAAAUAAUACAAAUAAUAUUAGUGAUGAUGAAUUUGAAAUCAUGAUUGAUAAAACAACUGAUAGUUGCAAUUUUCAUCAAAAAUGUGCAGUAAUGUGUUAUAAUGAAUCAGAUGACAGAUCUCCUAAUUUACAUCCAACAGGCAUUAAAAAAAUCAGAAAUUGUGAAGAUUCAAUUAUCACAUCAAGACAAUGCUUAUUUUGUGGCCACAAUUUUUAUGUAUUAUCAUGUGGAAAAAGUUGCACAGUACAUACAUGGAAUUUACUUGGAAGAGAUUUGAUUGUACCAUGCAUAACUCAGCAUACAUGCUCAGUGAUGGAUAAUAAUAUUUCGCCAGUAUUUGAAAAAUUAUCUGAGGAUCACAUUACCUAUCAUCCAUGUUAUAUAUGUCUUUCAUGCUUUGAAAAGAAUGGAGGUCAUGUUCAUAUACCUACAGGAAAAGGCUCAAAUAAAAAAUGUAGUCAUAGCAAUGAUAUUACAAAAUCAUUACAAAGUUUGGCAACUUGGAUUAUGGGUAUUUCUUUAUCAGAUAACCAUGCAUUAAAAGAGAAUGUUUUAUCAAAACUUGUGUCUGUUUUAAAUGUUUAUUCAAACAAAAAUGAUGAUUUAUUUUUUUUGAAUAACCACACUCUAAAUUUAUUGAAUCCUCUGAUCAUCAAAGCUUCGUUAAAACUUGGUAAAGCUGAUAAAUUAAUUUCAAAACAGAAAAAAAAUCCUGUCAACCCUGGUGAAUGUUUUCAAUUCAGUCAAAGUCUGGGGAAAUCAUUAUAUCAUUCUAGAGAAUUGGUUAAAAAAAAAUAA